AUGAUAUUCCAGGCCACCCUUAUUGUGACACUGUCCUUGUUCAAGUUGGAACCAGCGUUGGCGGAUAAUCCCCCUCUUCCACCAGCUCCCAAUACGUGUCACGAAUAUCCCUACAACAAAUACCCCUACUGCGAUGGCACCUUGCCCAUCCCUGAACGUGUCGACGAUUUGCUCUCUCGCAUGACAAUCGACGAAAAGAUUAACAUUUCCACCAGCGACGACCAUGGUAUUCCACGGCUCGGGGUUGGCAAAAUAUCCUACUCGGAAGGGCUCCAUGGCGUCUUUUGCGGAUGCAUUCCUCCCUCCGACGACGUCAGUACGGGAUGUGCCACCGGAUUUCCCAAUCCGACCGCCAUGGGAUCCUCGUUUGAUCGAGAUUUGUGGCGCCACGUGGGAUUCACCAUUGGACAAGAAGGACGGGCCAUUCACAAUGCCAAUCAAGCCGGAACAUUGGAUGCCGGAUGGGUCGGAGUCUUUUUUUGGAGUCCGGAUAUUAAUCUCUUUCGAGAUCCUAGGUGGGGACGAGGCCAAGAAACACCCGGUGAAGAUCCCACAGUGACAUCCAACUAUGCCGCACAAUAUGCCAUGGGACUCCAGGGAAUUGGGAAAGACCCCGUCGAUGGCUCGGACUACAAAAUCUCUCCUUAUACGCAAAUUGGAGCAACCUGCAAACAUUUUGCUGCCUAUGAUCUGGAAAACUGGAACCACGUUGAUAGGAAUCACUUUGAUGCCAAAGUUUCCGAUCGGGACAUGGUAGAGUACUAUUUGCCCGUCUUCAAGGCGUGUGUGCAAGAAGCAAAGGUAUCCAGCAUCAUGUGCUCGUAUAACGCAGUCAAUGGUGUGCCCAUGUGUGCCAAUGACGGCUUUCUCAAUGGGCUGUUACGAGAAACGUGGGGCUUUGGUGGCUUUGUUGUGUCGGACUGUGGAGCCAUUGACAACAUUAUAAAUACACACAACUACACCAAGACGCCAGAAGAUACCGUCCGUGCGGCUCUCAAAGGUGGCACUGACAUUAAUUGUGGAGACUAUUAUCCCAAGCAUCUGGCAGAGGCGCUCAAAGCAGGCACUGUGACAGAAAGCGAUCUGGAUCUGGCUCUGUCGCGCAUGUUGAAACAGUUCUUCCUUGCAGGUGAAAUGGAUGGACCCGAUCAAGUCAUUUUCCAAACCUACAACAACAGUCAUGUAGAUACACCCAAGAGUCGAGCAUUGAGUCUACGGGCUGCCGAGGAAGGCAUUGUCUUGCUCAAGAAUGAGGGGUCGCUGCUGCCACUUUCGCAAGACCAUCAAAAGGGAAAGAUUCUCUUUGUGGGACCACACGCCAAUGCCACAUCAUCCAUGCUGUCCAAUUACUUUGGCACUAGCAAAAUUGUAUUGACCAAUUCGCCAUUGGAUGCAGCAAAACGGGCAGGAAUGGAUGUGACCUAUGUGGCGGGACACUCGUACGACCCAGAAAAUGAUUCCAAGCAGUGGAUCCCCGAGGCUGUCAAGGCUGCCAAAGAUGCGGACGUUGUGAUUGCCUUUUUGGGACUGUGUGCUGACAAUUGUCCAAGUCGAAUUGAGAACGAAGGGACCGAUCGUACCGACCUCACGUUUCCGGGAGCACAGCUGGAUCUACUGCAAGCCGUGGCUGCAGCAAACCCCAACACAGUCCUUGUUCUACUUAACAAUGGUGGUCCUAUUGACAUUUCUUGGCCAAAGGAAAAUAUCCCAACAAUCUUGGAAGCCUGGUACCCUGGUCAGUAUGGCGGAGACGCAAUCGCCCACACGUUGAUUGGAAAGAACAACCCUUCUGGCAAACUUCCCAUGACAAUCUACCCCGCGGACUUUACGGAAAAGCGAAGCUUCUUCGACAUGGAUAUGAGGUCUGUCGAUGGCGUGACGUACAUGUGGUAUCGCAACGAGGCAGUGUAUGAGUUUGGACAUGGUUUAAGCUAUACGACUUUCAAGUAUGAAUGGCUGGACGAAGCAGAGGAAGAGAAGAAGGUGUUGCUCUCAGACUUGAGCCUUGCUUACUACCAGUACGCAACAAGUGAACGAAAGUUGCAAGCGCUUGAGACGCAUUCCUACAAGGUCAAGGUCACGAAUACUGGUUCCGUGGCCGGAGACGCCAUUGUCCUUGGUUUCAUAACGGGCGGAGAUGGCACGGCUCAGCCACUCAAGAAGCUGUUUGACUUUGGUCGAUUGAACAACUUGCAGCCUGGAGAAUCUGCCAAGUUAGGACUAACCGUGCCUACCGAAACGCUGCGAACAUUUGCAAGUAGUGACGUGCUCAAGAAGAUGGAGCAAGGACUGCGCGUUCCAGGUUUCAACAGAGUAUUGCAGGUUGAAGUUGGCGACAUACAAAACCCAGCCAAGAGAGCCUUGCAUCUUGUUUAG